AUGGAUAUCUGGUCUGGCUCCAUCUCGGUCGAGUCCUCCUCGCCCUCAGCGAACAUCGUGCCCCUUGAAGAUCUCCGCCUCUCCACACCCUCCUCCACCACCACGCCCUCCUCCGUCCUCUCCCACCUCACCAGCAGCCUCUCCUCCGCCCGCCUCUCCGCGCUCUCCAUCAUCGACCCCACCCGCAUCCCGCUCUACCUCGCCGCCGGCCCCUCCCUCGAGGUCACAACGACCUCCCCCGCAACCGCCUCCUACUUCCGCAAACUCUUCCUCUCCACCCUCCCCACCGACGACACCCUCCGCACCACAACCCAAUCCCGCACCGCCCUUCUCGUCCGCAUCAACAAUGACACCCCCGCCGCACCCGGCUCCUGGGGACUAACAGAGCUCGCCAUCUACGCUGCCAUCACACACCUCCCCGCCUCACAACAACUCCUAACAACCACAACAGCAGACCUAACACCCCCCAACUCCUCCCCGCCCGCCGAUGCCGUCGCCGCCGCACCAACAGUCCUUGUAACCGUCCACGCACUCCCGCUCUCGUCGCACCAUGCCUUCCCAACACACAUGGCCGCGGCAAAGUCCCCCACCCCUACCGCCGAUCCGCUCUUUAUUGCGCCGAACCCGCAGGAGAUACUAAACCCGUCGAUCUCACAGUCCGCGAAGAAGCGCGGCGCGGCAGUGCUCGAUGCCGCCGCGGACCCGCGGAAGCGCGUGAAACGGAGCGCCGCGCCCGCGCCCGCGCCCCCGCCGCCGCUGACGCUGUUGGGCGGCGCCGCGCUGAAUCACCGGAAGGUGAGUGUGAGUGGGGGUGCGGGCGCGGGUGCGGGGGUGAUGGUGAAGAGGGAACGGUCGCCGUCACCGGCGCCGUCGCUGUCGCUGUCGGCGAAUCGGUCGUUUGGCAGCGCUGGUAGUGGUAAUGGGGGCGGAAAGGGGCUGAAGAGGAGUGAGUCGUCGGUGACUGUGCGGUCGGCGGCGGGGGUGGGGGCAGUGGCAAAAAAGGAGAUGUAUGGCGAGGUUGAGACGCGGAACCGCGCGGAGCUGGCGAAGGUUGUGGUGGCGGGGAUGAGGGCGUGUGGGUUGAAGGACUAUCGCGGCGGUAGAGGAAGGUCGAUUGCGGGUGUGGAGGACGACGAGGAGGGUGAGAGGGAGAGGGAGAGGGAGAGGGAGAAGGAGGAGUAUAAGCAGGUGUAUUAUCAUACGGUCAAGGCGGCUGCGUUUGCUUUGAGGAACGUCAUCGCUGCUGGCACAGUGGGUCCCGAUAGGAUGAGGGACGUGGUGGAUAGGCUCCUGGCUGUGUUCUGUGAGCCGAGGACUGGACAGUUGAUGUUGGAGGCGGCGGCUGCGCAGGCGGUGGACGAGUAG